CCCGUAAACGCGACCCAAUCGAUCUAGCGCCAACGGCUUCAUUUCUGAAAACGCGACCAGACCGAAGAAAAAAAAAACCUUGUCGCGCGUUAAACAGGAGCUACGCGCUCGGAAACAUUACAUAUAAGAGAGCAUGAACAACUACGCGAGCAGCGCCAUGAACGAAUACAAUUCGUCGGUGCGGCCAGGGUCGACAAGACCAGGCACGCGAUUCGCAGCCCCAGUUCGGAAUCCAGAGCACGCGGAGCCGUGGGAUCAGAUAAGCGACGAGCAUCGAAAUGAGAUCAACGAUUGCUUCCACCUCUUUGACAUGAACAAAGACGAGCACCUCGACUUCAGCGAAUUCCGGUACGCGCUUCAAGCCCUCGGGUUCUCGAACAUCUCGCGGCCGGACCUGAUCGCGUCGUUCAAGUCGGCGGCGCGCCCGCGUCCGGGGUGGACGCCCUUACCCGCGCUCCCGAACCAGCCCCCACCGCAGGCCACGCCGGGGGUAGUCGACCUGCGACUGUCGCGGGAGGGGUUCCAGACGGUGGCGGCGCGGUACGUGGCGGCGCGCGACCCGCGCGAGGAGCUGCUCAAGACGUUCGCGCUGUUCGACCGCGGCGGCAAGGGCGUUAUCACCGUCGACGACCUCCGCACCGUUGUCAAGGAGCUCGGCGAGGACGUACCCGAUAACGAGCUCCACAGCAUGAUCGAGCAGUUCGAUGUCGAGGGAAAGGGCGGCGUCAGCCGCGAGGAGUUCCUGGGUAUCUUCCUCGAUAGGUGAUGAUGGGAGCCAUAGCCAGAGAAGAAAAAAAGGACGUAGUAGCCGAGAAGCAAGAAGAGCACGACAGAUAGAAAGAAACCACGUCCGCUUCGCCAAUCCCGGAGACAAGACAACUAGAAUCUGGGAAUAACAGAAGUCGGCGUGAGGAGUGACUU